CAGCUGUAGAAGAAUUUGACUGGUGGUGGGCGCGUUGUUUUGCUGCAGCUCUUCAACUCUGUCAACCACAGCGACAGAGGAUGUAACUGGGUUAAAAUCGACCGCUGACUGUACCGGGUGUGAACUGAAAGCUGCAGUGUUGGAUUCAGGUGUCGGACGGGGCCAAAAAACGCCUCCUUUCAGAAGCCAUGAGCGAGUUCAGGAUCCACCACGACGUGAACGAGCUGCUCAGCCUGCUGCACGUGAGAGGAGGGGACGGGGCGGAGGGCUACAUCGACCUGCUGCAGAAGCACCGGACCCCCUACGUGACGACCACCGUGUCGGCCCACAGCGCCAAGGUCAAACUAGCAGAGUUUUCUAAAACCCCCGAGGACUUCUUGAGGAAGUACGAAGAGUUGAAAUCCAAAAAUGUUCGCAACCUGGACCCUUUGGUGUACCUGCUGUCUAAACUGUGCGAGGACAAAGAGACGCUCCAGUUUCUCCAGCAGAACGCCAAAGACAGAUCCGAGUCGUCAGCGAACACCACCACGACCACCAGCUACUCCGUGCCUCCGACCAGCACCAAAAUGUCCAUGCAGGAGCUGGACGAGCUGCGGAAGAAGCUGGGAAAUGUGACGGCCAGCUCCAACGCUCCUCUGCCCGCUGAGGUGACGAGGAAGAUGCUGAGGGACAAACACAACAAGAAGAACCCCACCCAGCCCAACCCCGUCUUCCCCAACUGGGUGUACGACCGGCCAGCUCUCAUCGGGGACUUCAUCACCAGCCCCACGCCGGCAGCAGAUCCCGCCGUGGCCAUCGGCACGCUGCCUCUGCCCUCCCAGGAACAGGCUCUGGUGGAGGACCUGCUCUUCGUCCUGAUCGGAGUCGACGGACGGGACGUCACGGCCCAGCCGGUGCUGGGGAGGCAGAACCGCUCCUUCAUCGUGGACGCCACCCUGGACAUGUCCAUCAAAGAGCUGGUGAACAGAAUCCUGCCGGUGGCGUCGUAUUACUCCACCAUAACACGGUUCAUCGAGGAGAAGUCGUCCUUCGAGUACGGCCAGGUGAACCACGCCCUGACGGCGGCCAUGAGGACCCUGAUGAAGGAGUACCUGAUCCUGGUCACCCAGCUGGAGCACCUCCAGCGGCAGGGCCUGCUGACGCUGCAGAAGCUCUGGUUCUACAUCCAGCCCACCAUGAGGACCAUGGAGAUACUGGCCUCCAUCGCCUCCUCGGUGGACAAAGGCGAGUGUAUGGGCGGCUCGACGCUGAGCUUCCUCCACGACCGAACCUUCAACUACACGGGCGACAGCCAGGCCCAGGAGCUGUGCCUCUACCUCACCAAGGCCGCCAGCGUGCCGUACUUCGAGAUCCUGGAGAAGUGGAUCUACAGAGGCAUCAUCAGGGAUCCGUACAGCGAGUUCAUGGUGGAAGAGCACGAGCUGCAGAAAGAGAAGAUUCAGGAGGAUUACAACGACAAGUACUGGGAUCAGAGAUACACCAUCGUGCAGCACCGCAUCCCCUCCUUCCUGCAGAAGAUGGCAGAUAAAAUAUUAAGCACUGGGAAGUACCUGAACGUGGUGCGGGAGUGCGGCCGCGACGUGACGUGCCCCGACGCCAAGGAGGUGCUGUACACGCUGAAGGAGCGCGCCUACGUGGAGCAGAUCGAGAAGGCCUACAACUACGCCAGCAAGGUCCUGCUGGACUUCCUGAUGGAGGAGAAGGAGCUGGUGUCGCGUCUCCGGUCGAUCAAGCACUACUUCCUGAUGGACAAAGGCGAUUUCUUCGUGCACUUCAUGGACCUGACGGAGGAGGAGCUGAAGAAGCCGGUGGACGACAUCGUUCCCCCGAGGCUGGAGGCGCUCCUGGAGCUGGCUCUGAGGAUGAGCACGGCCAACACCGACCCCUUCAAGGACGACCUGAAGAUCGACCUGAUGCCUCACGACGUGAUCACCCAGCUGCUGCGCGUGCUCGCCAUCGAGACCAAGCAGGAGAAGGCCAUCAUCAACGCGGAGCAGGCCGACGUGGCCCUCAGCGGCCUGGAGGCCUUCUCCUUCGACUACAUCGUCAAGUGGCCGCUGUCGCUCAUCAUCAACAGGAAAGCCCUGACCAGGUACCAGAUGCUCUUCAGACACAUGUUUUACUGCAAACACGUGGAGCGGCUGCUGUGCAAUGUGUGGAUCACCAACAAAGACUUCAAGGAGUACUCCCUGCACUCCGCCAAGUGGUUCUCCGCGGCGUUCGCCCUCCGGCAGCGCAUGCUGAACUUCGUGCAGAACAUCCAGUACUACAUGAUGUUCGAGGUGAUGGAGCCCACCUGGCACGUGAUGGAGAACAACCUGAAGACGGCGUCCAACAUCGACGACGUGCUCUGCCACCACACCAGCUUCCUGGACAACUGCCUGAAGGACUGCAUGCUGACCAACCCGGAGCUGCUGCGCAUCUUCUCCAAGCUCAUGUCCGUCUGCGUCAUGUUCACCAACUGCAUGCAGCGGUUCACACAGAGCAUGAGGCUGGACCGACUCUCCCAGCAGGAGGCGCUGGACGGACCGCCGGCCCCGAGCGAAGAGGCCGAGAAGAAGAGGCAGACCAAGUUCCUGCCGGAGCCGGCGGACGCCGUCCUGUCCGACGCCGGCCUGGAGGUGACCAUCGGUAAGUUCGACGGGAACUUCAGCACGCUGCUGCUGGACCUGCUGGACAAGCUGAGCAUCUACAGCACCAACGACUGCGAGCACAGCAUGAUCAGCAUCAUCUACAGGCUGGACUUUAACGGCUUCUACACGGAGCGGCUGGAGAAGAUGGCCAUCGAGCGCAGCCAGAAAGCUGCGGCGUAGCUCCUCGCCGCCAGCCCCCCGGCCUCCAUGUAUAUUUAACUAACGCUCUAUAUUCUGUACUAUAAGAAACUGACAUUUCAAAGCUUGUGUACAUGUGCUGAAACUCCUGAAGGGUAAAUUAUUGGAUCUUAAAGUGUUGGUUUGUAUUUCACUGAAAUAAAGUUUCUGAAUGAGG